UACUAGAGCUAGGUUUAGCUUAAUCCGAUUCCGGUAAUAUUUUAGUUAUCUUUAACAGUACGGUAAUUACAUAAGCCGAAAUUCCGAGAAAAUUGAAAGGAAAACGAGAAUAAAGGGUAGGGCAAGGGCUAUAACUGUUGAGUACUAAACUAAACCAGUGUGUGUAUUAUUUACAUUGCCAACCCGACAAGAACAUGGAUGUCCUGAAAACUGCUGCUGAAGUUGGGGUUGAAAAACACCCACGGUCUCUCAAACAAGAAGUUACCUAUGGAACCGCUGGAUUUAGAAUGAGGGCAGAAAACCUAGAUCACAUUGUCUAUCGCAUGGGUUUACUGUCUGUACUGUUUUCAAAACAUCGCUCUGGAAUGACUGGUUUAAUGGUCACUGCAUCUCACAAUCCUGAGGAAGAUAAUGGUGUCAAGUUGAUCGACACAAUGGGCGAAAUGAUGCCCAUUUCUUGGGAGUCCCAUGCAACACAGCUAGCCAAUGUGAGUGAUGAAAAAUUAGUAGAUGUUCUGAAAGAGAUCAUUAAAGCAGAGAGUAUUGAUAUGUCAAGGCCAGCUUCUGUAUCAGUUGCCAUGGAUACAAGGCCCAGUAGUAAAUUGUUGACACAAGCAGCAAAAGAUGGUAUUGAAGCACUUGGUGGCAAUUGCUGUGAUUUUGGACUGUUAACAACACCACAGUUGCAUUACAUUGUGUGUUGUAAAAACACCAAUGGUCAAUAUGGAGAGCCAACAGAGAAAGGAUACUAUGAAAAAUUGUCCAAGGCUUUUAUAAAACUUAACAAAGAUAUAAAAAGUAAAAAAUAUGUUCCUCAACUCUACCUUGAUUUAGCCAACGGAGUUGGAGCUCUAAAAAUACAAGAAUUAAAUAACUAUAUUAAUGAUGUCUUAAAAAUAACUUCUUGUAAUGAUGGAACCUCUGGGAAACUAAAUUAUCAAUGUGGUGCAGACUUUGUGAAAGUUAAUCAAAGAGCCCCAGUAGGUAUGACAUUGGAGCCUGGGAUGCGUUGUGCUUCUUUUGAUGGAGAUGGUGAUAGAAUAGUUUACUACUACAAAACAAAUGAUGGAAAAUUUGCUUUACUGGAUGGUGAUAAAAUUGCCACAUUGUUUGCAGGAUUUCUUAAUGAACUCGUUAAAUCAAGCCAAUUAAAUUUGAAUAUAGGCUUGGUACAGACAGCAUAUGCAAAUGGAAGUUCUACAAAUUACAUAACAGACAUUAUGAAAGUACCAGUUGCUUGUGUUCCAACAGGGGUGAAAUACCUUCAUCAUAAGGCUCAAGAUUUUGACAUCGGAGUUUACUUUGAAGCUAAUGGCCAUGGGACGGUUUUGUUUAGUGAUGCAGCUCAAAAUGCUAUUAGAAAACAAGCUUCUGACACCAGUCUUGAUGAAGCAACCCAAGAUGCUGCUUGCAGACUUUCCACAGUAAUGGAUCUGAUAAAUCAGACUGUUGGAGACGCCAUAUCAGAUCUACUGGUUGUAGAGACUGUACUGGCCUCCAAAGACUGGACCUGUCAUGACUGGGAUCUGGCCUACACUGACUUGCCAUCUAGACAAAUUAAAAUUCAGGUUGAAGAUCGGUUGUUAGUUGAAACAACAAAUGCAGAGAGGAGAACUACAAAACCAGAAGGCCUUCAAGAAGAAAUAGAUAAAGCUGUUGCUGGCUACAAACAUGGCCGUGCCUUUGCUAGGCCAUCUGGAACAGAGGAUGUGGUCAGAGUUUAUGCCGAAGCCAACACACAGGCUGAUGCAGAUCAACUAGCUUAUGAAGUUGGCAUGCUGGUCUAUAACAUGGCCAGAGGAAAGGGUGAAAAACCAUCACCUCCUGCUUGAUACCUCACACACAUGGUUGGAAAAAUACACCAUUGUAUAGAACAAAUGCCUCUUUUUAAU